GACCAAUCUAGGCGGAAGUAGGCGGAAGUAGGUUUGUGUGGUGCCACGUUUGGAACUUUGCAAACUAAAGACGCCGAACUACUCAAAAUGCCCGAAAAAUUAACUACAGUGCUUGGAAAAUUUUAUGAUGAAUAUGUGCACGUGACCCCUAAAAGACUGAAAUUGAUCGAUGCAUACCUGUUUUACAUUUUGUUGACGGGUGUGAUCCAGUUCGCGUACUGUUGUUUGGUGGGCACUUUCCCCUUCAACUCGUUUCUGUCCGGCUUCAUCUCAACAGUAGGAUCAUUUGUUUUAGGAGUUUGUUUACGGUUACAAGCCAACCCUCAGAACAAGCUAGAUUUUUCAGGAAUAAGUCCAGAACGAGCCUUUGCCGACUUCAUCUUUGCACAUGCAGUUCUUCAUCUUGUGGUUAUCAACUUUAUUGGAUAAAUACUGAAAAAAAAGGUAUUAACCAACGUGUUUACAGAUAGGAGUCAGAGUGGGACAGGAAACAUCCAUCACAAUGAAACUUCAUUUAACUUGAACAUCAAUCAUGGAAUGGAAGGGGUGGGGCAUUGAAUAUAAAUUGUUCUCUCUAUUAAAAUAUAUGUUGUUAUAAAGGA